UUUUUUCAUUUUUUUUUCCCGACUUCUCCCCCAAAUUUUCUUCUUUUCUCUCUGAAACUCGUCUCCAGCUCCUCUGCUGUAUCUGAUAUCUCUCGACCACUCCACGCAUCUUUACAGGGAACAUGUGGGCGGAUCAGCAUACAUGUUCAAGUAUCUGUUAAUGCAAGACGCUGUUGCUUCUUGAUCCACAUAGUUUGGUUCUUGGCGAGAGUCGAAGGUGUCUGGUCCCAGGCAAAAUGGGUUUCGAUAAUGAAUGCAUUUUAAACAUUCAAUCUCUUGCUGGAGAAUACUUUUGUCCUGUUUGUCGCCUUCUUGUCUAUCCAAGUGAAGCGCUACAAUCACAAUGCACGCACUUGUACUGCAAACCAUGCUUAAGCUACGUUGUUGGAACUACAAAAGCUUGUCCCUAUGAUGGUUACUUGGUGACAGAAGCAGAUUCUAAGCCUCUGAUAGAGUCAAAUAAAGCACUAGCUGAAACCAUAGAGAAGAUAGCAGUUCAUUGUCUCUACCACAGAAGUGGGUGUACAUGGCAGGGCUCUUUGUCAGAAUGCACAGCCCAUUGUGCAGGGUGUACCUUUGGCAAUUCCCCAGUUGUAUGCAACAGAUGUGGAACACAAAUUGUGCAUCGCCAAGUUCAGGAACAUGCACAGAGCUGCCCAGGUGUGCAGCCUCAACCACAGCAGCCAGACAGUGCCCAGGACGCAACUGCAGCAUCCACUGUGGUGGCUAUCGCCCAGCAGAAUCAAAUGGCUUCCCAGCAGAACCAAGCGGCUACCAAGGCAGGAAUACCGGCUUCUCAAGCCCAGUCCACCCAGGUUGCUGCUACAGUAGCUCCAGCAUCCGGACAAGAUCAAAGUAAAGUUACGACGAGUACUCAGCCUCAAGCAGCAGUUACUUCUGCUCCUACUCCUGAGCAGUGGUAUCAGCAGCAGCAACAACACUAUCAACAAUAUUACCAGAACUACCCUGGAUAUGAUCCAUAUCAACAACAAUAUCAGCAUUAUGUUCCAUAUCAACAAGCUCAUCCUGCAACUGUACAAGGUCAACAGCAGCCUCAACCCCAGCCUCAAGUCCGUCCCCAAGCCCAAUCUCAGCAACCCCAACUACAGUCUCAAUCCCAACCUCAGGUACAUCCUCAAAUGCAGCAGAUGUCGAGUCGUCCACCUAUCCAAGGCCAGCCACAUUCACAGUUGUAUCCCCAAGCUCGGCCUCAGCCACAGGCACAUCCAGUGCAACUCCAACCCCAACCUUACAUGCAACAACGUCCGCAGGUGCCACAUUCCCAGUUGCAGCUUCCGCAAUCACAGCCAUUAUCCCAACCCAUUCCCCAAUCUCAGCCCCAUAUGCAUGCCCAAUCGCAGAUGCAGCCACAGGUGCCAAUUCAACCCCCUCCGCGUUCCCUGCCACAACCACAUUCGCAACAUCCCCAUGUUCUGACACAGCAUCCACCCGCUCAGGCUGUGACAGGCCACCAGUCUUAUCCCCAAGCACAACCAUACCAAAAAGUACUUCCGGGUGCUUUACCACAACUGCCUCAUCAUAUCCAUCCUCAGCAGGGUAUAACACAACAACCAACAGUGAUGCGUCCACCACAGGCUCGUGCCCCGAUGCAACACCCACAAGCAUCACCUUCGUUGCUGCCUCCUCAAGGACAACGCCCCAACAUGCUUCCAGUACAGCAACACCCGGUGCGUCCGCAGAUUCACCACCCCGGUCAGGGUAUUCAACAUCACCCUGGUAUGCCUACUCUUCAGCAACAGCCAGCUCCUCAACAAAACCAGCAGCUUCAGGGUCAUUUACCACACCCUCAGGCGUUUCCUGGGCAAACACCUGGUUUGGUCCAGAAUCAGUCCCAUCCGCCAGGUCCGCUCCUGCAGCACCAGGCUAUGCAGCCUCAGAUACGUGCCCAGGGACCUCCUGCCUCUUCACAGCAGAAUAAUUCUACUGCUUUUGGUAUGCAACCCCAUCAAUCUCAACACCAUGCAGGGCGACCUAUGGUGCCAAACUCUGGGGUAUCCCAUCAAAAGUUUCAGCAAUCUACUAGUGGGACUGCCCAGCCUAAGCCAGUGCAGCCGAAUGGAGUCCAGCCAGCUUCAAGUCAAAGCUACCCCCCUGGAGCAAACACCCAGGCCCAGUCACCUUCAGCACAAGUUUCUAAGAAGGUUGAACCAAUACGUGAAACUGGGCCUCAAAAUAACGAUGCAAAGGAAGUAGCGCCAAGUAGAGAGUUGGCUGGUGGUACUAAGGAUCCAUCAGUUCCAAGUGGCUCACAGGGUGAUAAAUUAAUUGCUUUACCAGAAGAGAGAUAUACGAAAGUACCGGAGGAUGGUUAUAAUCAGCUAUCAGAGGAGCGCUUCAAGCCCUUCUCAGGGGAACCAAAUAGACACAUUGCUGAUCAGAGAGAGUUUGAUGAAGACCUCAAGCAGUUCCCUAGAGCAGGUCAUUUGGAUGCUGAACGUUUUCCUGGGUAUGAAAGCUAUCCUUCGUCGAGGCCCCUUGAUAGAGGUCCAUACGGGAACCAUGAUGUUGGACCCAAAUUGGAUGGUCCUAGUGGUGCUGGUUCAAGGUUGCCUCCUUAUCAUUCCGCUAAUCCAUCUGCACGUACUAUGAUGCCGGUUGGUUUCCCUAAUGAAAACAUGGGGAGGAAAGGUGAUCCUGCUGUUGCUCAUCCCGAUUUUCUGAGGCCUUAUGAAUCUGGUCGGCAUAUGCCUCCUCCUAGAAGUCCCGGUAGGGAAUUUCCAAUGUUUAUCUCAGAUGGAAUUGAUGGCCGGGAUCCACAUGUAUUUGGUGAACGAUAUAAAUCAUACUUACCUUCUGGUGGCAGUGAAUUUCAAGAAAGUAGGUAUCCGCAAUUGCCUGGCCACUUACGUAGAGGUGUCCAUGAUGGUACAGAUAUAUUGCGUGGAGUUGAACCUGGUGGUCCUCGCCAUUUUUCAAAUCAUAUGCAUAUGGGUGAGCCAGCUGGUUUUGAUCCCUUCCCCAACCCUUUGCGAAUGGGUGGUCCUGGAAACUUGCCACCGGAUAUGCUUGGUGAAGUUGGUCAUGGACGUAUUGGUGAUAUAGGAUACAAUGGCGGCUUUCCUUUCACUGAACAUCAAAUUGAUAGUGGAUAUUACCAUCCUGAAGAAGAGUCCUUUGAUCAAUCAAGAAAGAGGAAGCAAGGGAGCAUGGGAUGGUGCAGAAUAUGUAAAGUAGAUUGUCAAACAGUAGAAGGUCUAGAGGCGCAUUCACAGACAAGAGAUCACCAAAAAAUGGCCAUGGAUAUGGUCCUAAAUAUCAAAAAGAAUAGUGCCAAGAAACAGAAACUAUCAUCUGAUGAUAAUAUAUCACAUGAGGAUACAAACAAGUCCAGGAAGGGCAAUUUCGAUAAUCGUGGAAAUAGGCAUUGAGUCGUGACUGGGUGUCAAUGUCAAUCAUUUAGGAUACUGAAGUUGCUGGUUGGUGUAUGACACAGCUGUUUUUGGUUCUUCAGUGUUUUUCAUCAGGGACAUGUAGGUGAUUCACCCUCCUAUCCUGCCUUUCUUUUUGGGGUGGUUUAUGCUAGUUCUGUUGUUUCAGGUUGCUGCUGUGUUUUAUGGAGAUGGUUCUUUGGAACUGAAGUUUCUGUUCAGAAGUUAAGUUUGUCUCAUUUUAUGAAUUUGACUUCUUUAGCUUUCAUGAUGAUAGUUUUGCGUCAGCAUAGUUCAUGUUUAGUUAAAAUGCCAAAAUGUUAUUGAGCGUUGAGAUUUUAGUGUGCAUUUUAAAUCAUUGAUGAUGCAGCGUUCGUUUUAGAUUUACGUGUACCUCUGUGGACAUGGAUGUUUAAUCAGGAUAAAAUACUAGAGCUUGCAUAUACCUCUACAUAGUACUUUGUCUUGUUAUGCCAUUCCUUGUGAUGCACACUAAGAAAGCGAAUCCGGUCUUUGAUAUUCAGACCAAGAAUCACUGGUCACUUUUAUGCCUCUGUUAGCCUUCUUAUGCUGCUGUAGCUUUUAGUUUAUGCAACUGCUGGUUUAUUCUCCUUUUGGUUUUUCUAUAUACCAGUGUUGUAAAUUUUACUUUUCCCUUUGCACUUUCGUUCUUUAUUCUUUUGUUUAAUUUUACUCAAAUUUUCCCAUCCUAUUUUAUUCUUUUAUAAUUCUUCAAUAUUUUCCCCUUUUCCUUAUAUGAUGCUUGAUUACAUAUUUUUUAGGCUCAUUUAUCCAUCUGAACAUAUUUACUGGUGGUUGGAAGGGUGAAACUAAUAUCAACAUCUAGAAAAUAAGAAUUGAACCAAGAUAUGCCAUUGUAGUGCAACAGAAGACUAGAACUAUCAUUACCAAGUGUGUGUGUAUAUAUAUAUAUAUAUUUCAGGACGAAAGCAACUUAGGAAACUAGAGCGUCGAGGCCAAAGAGACCAAAGUACUUUUUCUAGUCUUUUUUAGGUCAUCUACUUGUGUUCGUUAGUUUGCCAUCAGAACUUAUAGGUAGCUGACAUUGUGUAUCUCGUGUAUCUUUCUGAGUCACUUCUCAUCUCCAAAAGUUGCUUCAUCAACUUUUCAUAUUGGAUAGCUUCUUCUUGCCUUAGAUUUAGUUUUGUACAUUUCAACACUUAUAUUUAACUUUAGGAAUGAAAAAACAGACAAUAAUGCCACAUGGGAUGUUAUACGCUGGCGAACAUUUGGAGUCACAUUUUGCAGAAUAGUCAUUUGAACAUUUUAAUGAUUGUUACACUAAUUUAGUUGGACCUGGUAAAUGAUAAACUUGUUAGUGACAACAGAAAGUUCUUGCUCACUGUUCGUUGACGAGUGGGUUUCAAUUUGGUUAUUCAGAAAAUAUCUCAUAAUAGUGUUUCUCUCACUGAUUCUUCAGUAGGCCUCCCAGAUAUUUUGUUCUCAACUUCCUUGCUAGUCACUUAAGUAUAGAACGUUUAACAGAAUGUCCAACAAACUACUUAACAAUAGUUUCAUACUACUGCUUCUAUAGAUUGGAGGAUAUAGAAUUUUUCUAGCAACUCGAGAGAAAGAAAACUUCAAUUUUUGUCACUUAGUGGUGUAGAUUAUGCUCGCUAGUAAUUAUCCAAGUAUCAAUUUUUUUUUGGAAAUAUUUGGUUUUCUCAAAAAUUAUCGUGUAGGCUUGAAACUUUUAAGGAUUAGAGUCAACAAAAUUGGUUCAAGUAAAAGCUUUAGUUUUUUAUUGACAGGGAUUCAGAACCUCAACCAUAUGGAUAGGUUGUUUGUAUGACUGUCUAUGGAGACGAGAUGUAUGUUUCCAGCUACUCAUUCUUUCAGGACUCCUUGAUAUGGAAUAGUGAAUUUUCUGAUUUUUCUCUACUAUCAUGCUUGCGGUAGAUCUGUUCACAUUAUUGUAUUCUUUAAUUUCUUGAAGUGGUUUCUUUUAUCAUUUGUUUUGUUGCCUCUUCUUUUUCUCUUAUUUUCCGUUUCUGAUUUUUGUUUUAUCAUUGUUUUUUCCAAGUAACUUUUAUCACAUCAGUGAUUGAUCCUUAUUUUAUUUUUCUCAGUUAGAUUGCCAGCCAAGAAACAUAGGGUAGUUCUGUCCUGACAUCAAUACUAUAGAGAAAAUUCAUUGAGCGACCUUCUAGAAAAAUAAAUAAUAUGUUAUGGUAUUUCCUUUUCAUUCUUAAAACCAAACUUUCGCACAUCCAUAAUGAGCUAUAGGAAAAAUCUACCGAAAUUGUAGAAGAUGGACAAAGGAGGAAGUACAUUUUUAGACUGUACAGACAUAGUCUCGUAUCACAAGCAAUUUAAGUAAUUCUAGCCAAACUUAAGAUUCUAGUCUAGUCUGCAAAAAUAGAGACCUCAAGAAAAUGAGGUAAAAUGAUGAGCUUUGUGACAAUAAUGUGACAAGAAAAAUGUAAGUAGAGGCAUAAUACUUAUCCCGGGAAAUCUAAUGGUCUAGUGAAAUAUUGAAGACAAAAUAGUUAAAAUGACAUCAGAUUUCGACAUUGAAUGUUAGAUCGUACUUGAGUGAUUGCUUUUGCCUAGGCUAAAGUUGCUGUUGCUGAUGCUCUAAUUGGAUAUCUAACGCUUCUUGAAGUGCAGUUUUGUGCAAGCUGUCAAUUUGUUUGGUGGACUGUUUUAAAUACUCUCGCCUAAUGGAAGACAAUGGUACCUUUUUUGGUUGGCUCUCUUGUUUAACUGGUCUUUGCUUUGGUUACAUUUUUUUUUUUGUUAUUUUCAAGGUUUGUGGUGGUGGGCGAUGGUGUUGAAAGAUGGAAUCACCUUUGUAAUUUUUCGUUAUUGUAAAUAUUUGCACUCAAAGGCUAGUGCUUCAGCA